CGACUGGGCUACUCGUUCUUGAUCAAGCAUGCCUUCUCCUUACCGCCCAGCCUGGCUCCUUCCCCGCAUCUCUCUUCGGUCCGUGUCCGCGUUCCCUUGGCUCCACAAGCCUCGUAAUAUCACUGCAGUCUCUCAGCACCCCGGCGUGCUACACGCUUGCACAGGUCGAAAAGAACAACAUCAAGACCGAUGAUCCAGUCCACUACGGCACACUUGCCGACGUGAAAUGCUUGACUUCGGCGCGCUGACCAGGUUGCUGUCUGGGCUGUCCGCGAAAAGGCAGAAAACAAACACCUGCGCAAUGUGUACCCAGGUGGCAAAGGCUCUCGAAACCCCUGAUAAAUAUAAGCGCUAUGCAUACGUUGCCGCUUCAGGUGACUUUCGGGCUCAAAUUUGCCCAAUCUGCAAAGCUAUUGCAGAAGCCAUACCCACCUUACAGGUACAUACGUUUUCAGAGGAUGUGGAGAGACUCGAAAUUGUAAGGGAAGACACCAUCUUCUAUUUUUGGGGUGUUCGUUUGGAACUUGUCGGCCAUCCUAACUCAGAUGGAAAUUGUACUCCGGUCAUGGUCGAUCAUCAAUGGAUCGAUACCAAUCAAAUACGCCGAUGGAUUCACUCAUGCGACACUAGCCAUUCCGGCUCCUGCCAUACAAUCACAAAUCCUUGGUCCAGAUUAGACCCUGCGACUAACCUACUCUUCAUUGACGUGGAUCGACAGUGCUUGGUAUUGCCAACUUCCCAGACCGAUUCCUGCCGAUACGCAGCCCUUAGCUACUGCUGCGGUCGCACCGGCAGCAACCUGUUCCGAACUACACAUAGCACGUUAGGUGCUUUGCUACACGAUGGUGCCUUCGAGCAACCGCCUGACGGAUUUCACAUACCGCAGACCGUCCACGACAGCAUGCUCGUGGCCAAGGAGGUCGGGAUACGAUACCUACGGGAAGCGAUGGGCGUAUAUUCCACAUAUUUCCAAGUUGGAGCUGGGUUGGUUGGCAGGGUGAACCAGAUCUGGAGUGGUGGUACCGUGUUUAUGCGCAGGAUCGUUUCUCCGACAAGGCUGCUCUUACUUCGUGUGUCCGCAUGGUGAAGACCAACGCUAUAACUAUGACAGGAGAGCGAGUAAACAACUCUUAUCACGAUAUCGGGGACGCAGAGUGCGACAUGGAAUUUGUCCAGAUAAAAGGCUAUGAUCUUUCCGUCCCAAUAGUCGGCACUCCCUCCCCACCAACCCAUCCUCCAGCUCCAUAUUCUCCCAUCUUGACAUUUCGAACCACGCGCACUACGCUAACUGUUUCGGAACU